UCUAAUAUUGUAUCAGUCAACUCUGUUAUUAAGAAAAGGAUAAAGGCAAUAUCCAUUAAUGUUUUAACGUAUCAAUCGGAAUGAAUAUUAAAUGAAAAACGUUUUGCGAUGGCUUGAAGACAGAGCAGUCGAGCAUAAGUUGAGAAAAGAGUGCAGUGCCACGCGGCAGGUGCCAGCUGUGGUUCCAAAGUGCGGUGCGGGGAUCUGGGGAGCGUGAGUGUUGACACCCUGAGUACAGCAGGAACUGUGUGUGUGUGUGUGUGUGUUGCGGGUGGGAAUUCUGGGAAGAGGGCUGAGGGACAGUUGUUAUUGAUUUUAAUAGAAAUGAUAAUCAUAAAUACAAGAGCAGCCUGUGACAUCACUCAUCUCUUCUGUACUCGUCUUUUCAAUAUGUCCGUCCAUAUCUCUGGAGAGAGAGAGAGAGAGAGAGAGAGAGAGAGAGAGAGAGAGACUUCAGUAAGAAUGAAAUUUUGUUCAGCUUGUGUUCAUCCCUGCAUCCAUACAUCCAUCCAUGAAGCACACACACCCUCGGCCUCCAAUGGUAUGGUCCCCCCCUUACCCCUAUGCCGCCCUUCCUCCCGUCGGAAAAGUUCAUGAAUUGCUGACAAGUAAUUUCUCGUGUGAAGAACAGUGGAGGUCACCAUCUUUUCUGUGUGAUGGCUUAGUAGCUACAGCUUCAGUGCUGAGGGGAUUAUCGUUUCUCCCUGACAGCUGGAGGCGCCACCGCCACGCCGACAGCAAAAAUGUAGCGUUGAGUGAGUCUUCCUCCUAUAAAGCCUGUACCGAUCCAAGACCAGUACUAGACUCACGCUCAUCACGUCAGCUUGUCAACUGGAGAGCACAGGUUCAAGGUGCUGGUGAUGGAUCUGUCUGUGGAUACGUGGGAUGCGGGUACAAGAGCGAUGGUCCAUGAGGUGUUACGAAAGAAGAUAGAAUGUCGCGUCUCUCUCCAG